AUGACCAAGCCCGAAUCCCGCUCCGGCCUCACCUUCGAGCAGUUUCUCCAAGAAGUCAGCCGCAGAAGGAAGCGGACCAGCCCGCGGAUUCAUAAGCGUCAGUUCGAGGGGGAAAUCAACAACUCCGCAGCCGUCAACCUGCAGCUCCUGCCCUUCCACCAGGCGUGCCACGCAAAACAUCCAGGAAGCCGCUCCAUCGGCGGGAAUUGCAUCAAGAACGCCGCAAGACGAAGGGCCGUCAACUGCCGAAAUCCAGCCCAUGCGCAGAUAAGCGUCGUGUACAAGCCGUGUGCCGAGGGCGAGGUAUGCAACGCAGAUAUGCUAUUCGCGUACAACUUCAAUGCUCGCAAGGUCAAAUGGCCACUCUGCGUGCAAGCGGCCAAGGUCGCCAAGAAGGAGGCGCGAACCGACCCAAACCAGGGUGGAGAAUACGCCGGCGAGUUUUAUGCUUCCAGGCCGGAGGAUCCGGCGCAGUCGGAUUUGGACUACCACUUGAACUUGGACUUGACCCUGUACACCGGACCUAGUCCCUCCUCUUACGGCCGCUUUCGCGACACGGCUGGCCAUACGGGAUCGGGAUCCAGCUGGUCGUGUUUUAGCUGCCCGCCCGGAUUGGUGACGAUUCAUGCUGAAAAGCCUUCCAUCGCGUAUGGCUAUGUCAUGUAG